AUGUCAUCUUUUACUCGAGUGGUGGCUAACCAAGUGCUUCUGCUCUUCAUAGUCAUCGUUUGUGGAUACUUUCUAUACUACAUUUUACUCUCACCUUUAAGCCCAAUUCCGGGACCAGUUGUAGCCAAGCUGACCAGACUAUGGCUCGCGUUCGAGGGUUACCGGGGCACAUUUCACACCACACUUCUGUCGCUUCACGAUGAGUAUGGCGAUGUUGUGCGAGUUGGGCCAAAUGAGCUUUCAAUCGUGGAACCUGGAACGGUGAAAAUGAUCUAUGGCAUUGGCUCUAAAUUCUCGAAAAGCGACUGGUAUGAGCCCAGUCGUGGAGCACGAAGAUUUGAUCUCUUCGCACAACAAUCAGAGCGAAUCCAUCGCACUCAGCGAAGGGUGGUAAACAAUAUAUAUACCACAGCUUCAUUAAGAGACUCGGAGUCAGCUAUGGAUGUUACCAUUUCACGUUUCAUGGAUGUCCUGGAAAAUCGGUGCAGAGGGCCAAUCGAUCUCGGCAAGUGGCUACAGCUUUUCGCAUUCGAUGUUAUCGGUCAAAUCACGUUUUCUCGAUCAUUCGGCUUGUUGGAACUUGGGCAUGAGACUCCGGUGCUUAAAGCUAUCUUCAAUGCCCAGAAGUCGGCCUCGUGGGUAAAUCAAAUUCCCUGGGCUUACCGGAUCCACGAGGCAGUCAUCAGACCGCUUUUCGGCGAACGCCUCGCGGCUACGGCACGAAAUGGCAGUAUCAGAAGUUUCGUUCUAGACCUCAUUCAGGCAAGAAAUUCACAAGAAAAUGUGCACGAAGAUCUGAUGGGAAAGCUGGAGAAAGUUCAUAAACGUCAUCCUGCAGAGUUCGAAAAAGAUGAUAUUGUAUCUAUGGCUGCCACAAAUGUUUUUGCUGGUUCUGACACCACCGCCAUCUCCAUGAGGGCAAUUUUUGACUAUGUUCUGCGGGAUGUGCGGUGCAAAAAGACACUGGUUGAGGAAGUUGACAAGGUCUUCUCGGAGAAUCAGAUUACCAGCACCGCAAAAUACCCCGUCAUGUCUUUCGCUCAGGCUAGUCGUAUGCCCUACCUUCAAGCCGUUAUGUAUGAGGCAAUGAGACUACAUCCGGUUGUUGGGCAGACUCUACCACGAGUAGUACCCCCAGAAGGCUUACUAUGCGGCGAUUUUGUGGUACCAAAAGACACUAUCGUUGGAACUUCUCCAUACGUACUCGGACGAUCGAAAAAGAUAUUUGGCCCUGAUGCGGAAAAGUUCAGGCCGGAAAGGUGGUUUGAUGCGCAUGAAGGGACUAUGCACCGCUUCUGGUAUGCCUUUGGAGCCGGAUCACGAACUUGUAUUGGCAAAAGUGAGCCUUUUUCUGAAGCAUUGAAUGCGUCCUCGCUAACCCUCAUCUCGCAGACCUAA